UCACUUCAACGCCACUCUAUGUAUAAAUUCCAUUCAUACCCGCAUUCUUCCAUUACUCCAACCCUCUCUCCCACUCAAACCUCAAUCACACUCACACGAUACAAUCAUACUCAAUUUAAUGGAGUAGACACUAUACAAGGCUGAAUCUGUCAAAUUUCAGUGAAGAAAUACCUAGAGCGUGCUAGAUUCUACACGUUGGUGGAGUUGUUAUGGAGUUCUUUCAGGCUCUCAUCCAGAAACAACAUUCAAUUGCAUGGUUUUGGAUCUUACUACUAGUUUGUGUACUGAAUGGGAAAACAACAAUCUCAGCUUCCAAUUACUUAGUAGGACUUGGAAGCUAUGACAUCACAGGGCCUGCUGCUGAUGUCAACAUGAUGGGCUAUGCCAACUCAGAUCAAACUGCAUCUGGCAUCCAUUUUCGGCUUCGAGCUCGUGCAUUCAUUGUAGCAGAGCCACAGGGAAACCGUGUGGUAUUUGUAAAUCUUGAUGCUUGCAUGGCCUCACAGCUUAUAACCAUCAAAGUCCUAGAGAGGUUGAAGGCAAGGUAUGGAGAUUUAUACACAGAAAAGAACGUUGCCAUUAGUGGCAUACACACCCAUGCAGGCCCUGGAGGCUAUCUGCAAUAUGUUGUGUAUAUUGUUACAUCUUUAGGAUUCGUACGCCAAUCAUUUGAUGUAAUAGUUGAUGGCAUUGAACAAAGCAUCAUUCGUGCUCAUGAAAACCUUCAUCCUGGAUCAGUUUUUGUAAACAAAGGAGAGAUCUUGGAUGCAGGUGUGAAUCGUAGCCCUAGUGCUUAUCUUAACAAUCCUGCAACAGAAAGGGCAAAAUACAAGUAUGAUGUGGAUAAAGAAAUGACACUUUUGAAGUUUGUAGAUGAUCAGUGGGGUCCAGUGGGUGCCUUUAACUGGUUUGCUACUCAUGGGACUUCAAUGAGUCGUACAAAUGAGUUAAUCAGUGGGGAUAAUAAAGGAACAGCUGCACGCCUCAUGGAAGAUUGGUUCAAUCAGAAACGUGUUAGUGAAAAUGAAAACCCACGAAGAGUCUCCAAUAUUGUUCAAGUUUCACAAACAAACCAUCAUGAGUUGCUGGAACUUGCGUCUUCUUUUCAGUCAACUUCUGGUCAACCAACAACCAAGUAUUUGAGCAUAUCAAGACGUGUUAGAAGUGUUCUUAGAUCUGCAGAUAGACCAAUAUUUGUAUCUGCUUUUUGUCAAUCGAAUUGUGGGGAUGUGAGUCCAAAUGUGCUUGGGGCUUUUUGCACAGAUACUGGGGUACCCUGUGAUUUUAAUCAUAGUACUUGUGGUGGGAAGAAUGAGUUGUGUUAUGGAAGAGGACCAGGAUACCCAGAUGAAUUUGAAAGCACGCGUAUAAUUGGGGAGAGACAAUUCAAGAAAGCUGCUGAUCUUUUUAACAGUGCUGCUGAAAAGUUAACUGGAAAGAUUGAUUUUCGUCACAGUUAUUUGGAUUUUUCACAGCUUGAGGUGAAAAAAGGUGGGAAUGAGAGUGUUAAAACAUGUCCUGCUGCCAUGGGAUUUGCAUUUGCAGCUGGAACAACUGAUGGGCCUGGGGCUUUUGAUUUUAAGCAAGGGGACAACACUGGGAAUCCAUUUUGGAAAUUGGUGAGGAACUUGCUAAAAACACCAAGUCAGGAGCAAAAAGACUGUCAACAGCCAAAGCCUAUUUUGCUUGAUACAGGAGAAAUGAAGGUGCCAUAUGAUUGGGCGCCAUCAAUUCUCCCAGUUCAAAUACUAAAGAUAGGGCAGAUGGUGAUUCUCAGUGUACCUGGAGAAUUUACAACUAUGGCUGGGAGGCGAUUGCGUGAUGCUGUUGGUGCUGUUUUUAAAGGAAAAGUUCAUGUUGUCAUAGCUGGUUUAACUAAUACCUACUCACAAUAUAUUACCACUUUUGAGGAGUAUGAGACUCAAAGAUAUGAGGGAGCUUCGACGCUAUACGGUCCGAAUACUUUAAGCGCCUACAUUCAAGAGUUCACAAAGCUCGCAACCGCCAUUGUCACCGGAAAAACUGUAGAAGCGGGCCCACCACCACCGGAUCUACUAAGCAAGCAGAUAGGCUUGCUACCACCCGUGGUGGUGGACUCCACCCCACUGGGAGUCAAAUUCGGGGAUGUCAGUACUGACGUCCCUCGAAAUUCUACCUUUAAAAAAGGUGAAACGCUGACCGUUGUGUUCUGGUCAGCGUGCCCUAGAAACGAUCUCAUGACCGAAGGGACAUUUGCUUUAGUGGAGUUGCUUCAAGGGCAGGACACGUGGGUCCCGGUUUAUGAUGAUGAUGAUAUUUGCCUUAGGUUUAAGUGGUCAAGGCCUUCGAAGCUUAGUGCUCAAAGUCAUGCUACUAUAGAAUGGCGGAUCCCACAAUCAACUGUUCCUGGGGUUUAUAGGGUGAGCCAUUUUGGUGCAUCUAAAAGUCUAUUUGGUUCGAUUAGCCAUUUUAGUGGUUCAUCAAGUGCUUUUGUGGUUAAGUAAUUUUUGGACUGUUUUAACUGUUUGAGAUUAAAAACUUGUUAUUCCAUAAAUUCAUUGUACACGAGCUCAUUUAUCAUGUAAUUUAUGUGUUCAUACAACAACUAAGUUAAAUAUAUCAUAAAGAUCUCCACUUCUUAUAAAA